CAUUUGUGUGUUUCACCUACCUUAGAGAGGCAGGACGGUAAUUAUUUAGUACAGUUCUGUAUUGGACCAGAACGUUGACGUGUUUGCGAGUUAUCGCGGGAACCACACGGCAUCAAGUUGAAGUAAAAGUCGAGUAAAAGUUGCUAUCACCUGGCAGUCACUACCAGUUCUGGUAGUCACUUCGUUCAUCCAGCGUUUGCUUCACCUACUUCAGCACGAGACGGGGACGGCGAAAAAAAUUCGGCAUCUCCCAAGCUCGUACACUAGUUUUACUUGGACAUGAAUGUUUGACGCAGCGAUCAAAGGGCAUCACAACGGACUAGAACUGCUAAUUUUUUAGGUUUCAUCUCUGAGAAAUUACUGCGACGAGCUGGGCGACAUAACGUUUGUAGUUGUUUUGUGUCACGCAGGAUAAACAAAAACGCUUUGUGUGCACGCUCUAGUCGACCUCAAUUUGUCGCGUGACACAAGAUUAGGAUUUACAUUGUAGCAGAGUCGCUUCAGAAGCCAAUUCUUGGCUGUUACGAAGCAAUUUGGUUAGACUCUAGGCGAUUCCAUUGAAUGGAAGCGAUGGACGAAGGAUCAGGAGCGUUGGCGUCCCACAAGAGCAGCGACAACUUGUCGAAGAACGGGCCGAGCACUCUGACUCACAUCAACGGGCCGACGGACGACUGCGCGUUCUGGCCGAGCGACGGCGAUAUAGAGGCCGACUCCGAGCUGUGGGUUCAAUCAACAGCAUCGCCGCGGAAACGGCGGCAUUCCUUUUCGUGCGUGCCGCGUCACUGCAGCUGCCUAAGAGUGGCGGCGGCGGUUCUGCUGGUCGCGAUCAUCACUAUCCCGCUCAACAUGGAACAUUUCCAGGCAUCAUCACCAGAGUCCCUGGGUGUACUCGCGUCACCAGCAGCCAGAGCAGCGCUCAUCGCCUCCCUCACAUCAGCCUCCUCCUCCUUCGCCUCCAGACAACACCCAUCCUGGACGUCCUCCCAACAGGCUUCCCCCCUCUCCUCUUCCGCCUCUCCUUCACCCCUCUCUGACCCCUCUGCCGCAUCAUCUCCCGGAUCUCUCUCCUGGUCGUCCCUUCAUCAGCAAGCCGGCAGUCUCCUGGGACUGAGCCGUUUCUUCUCCGACGCACGACGAUCCACUGACCCCUCCAGCAACGGCAACCAAGCCCCCACGCCCACCCUCAACGGCCGCACUGCAGUGUGCCUCACUGGUUCGGCGCGUGACUUCGAGCUUACCGGGCCUAGCAUCGUGGCUCGGCUGCUGCCGAGCCUGCGUCCGUACCGGCCCGUUCUGUUCCUCGUUGCCCCCUUGGACGAGCACAGCCACAAGCUGUGGGCGCUGCAGUGGGGGCUGGGGACGGGGGAGAAGGGGGGAGUUGGGGGAAAGGGGGAAAGUGGGGGAAAUGUGGAGGGAAAUGAGGGGAAGGAGAUGAGGAAACUGGGGAGAGGGGGAAAUGUGAACAGUAGAGAGAGUGAGGGAGGAGAGGGACAGGGGAAGAAUGGAGGAAAGAGGAGGAGGUUGGGAGAGACGCGAGGAGGAAGAGUAGGACGGAUGCUGGGGGAGGAAGCGGAUGGGGAGAAUGAGGGGGAAGGGGAGGUGGAGUUGGGUGCGGUGGAGAUGGCUGGGAGUGUGUGGGUUGACGGGGAGGAGGUGGUGGAAAACAGUAUGCUAUACAACAACUCCACAGCCAGAAGCAUGCAGCCUCAGCUGCAGUACCUGAGACUCCUCACCUCGUGCCUCUCCCUAAUCGAAGGCUACCAGCGCCAGAACCCCUCCGCCCCUCUCUUCCACCGCAUUGUUCACUCUCGCCUUGACUCCUACUGGUCCGCCCCUCCCUCCUUCUCCUCCGCCUUCUCUCCCUCUGCUUUUGCUUCUGCCGAUGCCUCUAGUGAUUCCACACCUGCUGCUGCCACUGUUUCUUCGGCCGGUGCCGGGGCGUCAGCAGCAGCAGAGAGAGUUCUCAGGGAAACUAGUGAGGGGUCCAGGAAAGGAGCGGAGGCGACAGAGGGGGCAGGAGAGGGAGCCGAGGAGGAAAGGCAGGGAGUAGAGAGAGGAACAAAGGGAGUAAAGAGAGAAAUAGAGGGAGAAGGGAGAGCAAGAGAGGAAGCAGAGAGGGCGGCAGAGGGAGCAGCUGGUACGGGACAGCAGGAGCUGGAAUGGGCCAUACCGUUUGGGUCUGACUUUUCCGGUUUCAACGACGCCUUUGGAGUGGGCUCUCUUUCCGCUGCCCGACACAUACUUUCACGGUUCUCGUCUCUCAAAACACUUGCCAAGACAGGACUCAGUAACCUCUCCCCCGAAGCAACGCUCAAGGCCCAACUGGAGGCCACGGGCGUCCACGUGGCGCGAGGUGAUUGGCCGCUGUGCACCGUGAGCCACUCGACCUACCAGCACGGGCAUGGGGAGGUGCUGGUGGCCUCGUUACAGUCACCUGCCAGCCUGAACGGGGCGAAGUGCCGGCCCUGCACACCAAAAUACACGGGCCUAGAGGCUCUCUCCCACUUCGCCUGGGCGCCUCCCUCCAACUGGAUUCGCUCGCCCUCAGCUAGUCUUGUCAACACCGGAGAAGGAAGCAUAGAGCUGUGCGAUGCCAGACACCCCUGGGAGCUCGCCUGGGCUGACAACUACGAUGCUGCUGCGGGGGUGCGCUUGGGCGGCAUGCGAAGGGCUGUUACGUCAACCAACCUGCGGCAAUGCGUGCAGCUGAUGGGCCAGCUCCAGAACCACUCAACUCAUUGGAUCGCCUCUCCCCCGGCCGCCAUGUGUGUGCGAUCACUGCUCGGAAGGAUUUCCAUUGUUGGAUCUUACGGGGUGUCCUUCCCCACAGCCCUCGCUGUUAUCACUCCUAACAGCAUGGUGCUUUCAACCUCCCCCAAGUCCAACCUCCCCCUGCCUGCUGAGCUGUGGGAGUCGCACCUCCUCUCCCUCCUCCCCGGCCUCGCCGUGCAUCCCCUCGCUUCCUUCUCCCUCGCCUCCACCGAUGAUGCUGCUGCUGACGUCGUCAAGUUCUCCUUAGAUGGUUCAGACCUCCCUACACUAUCCAAACAACUGAAGAACAAGUCCUUGCCACCUGCAUGCCAGAUCCUUUUGGCGUUUCCCAAGGCGCAUGCCCAAAAAUGGCGUGCAAAGAUUAUUGGCCAGUUAGAAGGUUUGACUAUUCAUUUGGCAACAUGUUUGAGAGAGCCCGGGGUGGAUAUUGAGAGGUGUCUAUUCUUCUCUGUGAGGCAUUGCACUACUUUAUUACACGUGGAAGUGUAACAAUCCUUGUGAACGGCAUUUUCUAAAUGUGUUGUUUUUUAGGCAUACCGUAAUCACCCGGAUAUAGGCGCAGCCAUUUAUUAAGCUACGUGGGCUUAUAGAGUGCAAACGCGCUUGUAUCCGUUAUUUUAUUGUACGCGCACCCUUUUA